AUGGUGAAGGACCAGACACACUACUUUCUUAAUAAUCUCGUAGAAUUGAAUUUGAACUUUGAGACUCCUCUAAUCAAUGCCAAAUUGAACGAUGACUCUUCAUUCUUAUUGAGGUACUUUGCUCUUCAUCUUAAUGAUGUCGUUAAACUCUAUAAACUACAUAAUAUCAUUUUGUGCACUAAACCAGUUUACUCAGAAGAUAAUGAUGAAGAGACCAUCCACAAAACCCUGGAAUCUGUAAAGUAUUUCAGUAAGAUGUUCGAAACACUUGCGUGGAUUGACUGGAGCGACAACGUCUGUUAUGAAACGGAACUCAAAGUAAUUACUAUGGACAUCAUAUUGAGAGAUUUCAGUAUCAUGUUUUAUCACUUGGUCGUCCAAAUGGCGGUGAUAGUCAACAACAUCUUUACAUACCUUGCACAUUCGUCCGAAGAAACAUUAAAUGCAUUAACACAAUACGAUUUGCUGAUCCAACAACUUUAUAGCAUAUUAAAGAAACAGAAAGUUGUCAAAAAGGAUAACGUUCCUUCCAUUUUCUUUUCUGGUCUCAACCCAUUACUUAACUUCUCUCGGAAGUGGAAAACAUCAUCGGAUUCCGAGAAAGCUGAAGUUGAAAAAGAAAUUGAUGAAUUUGUGUCGUCAUUCAUGACUGAGAAUUCAAAGAACUUAAACACUUUGGAACACUUCAUUGAACGUGAGAACUCGAGUAUUGAAUUUAGAGGGAAAAAGAAGGUGAGUCUUUGCGCAUCACCAAUUGACCCGUUACUCCAUGACGACGAGUCUCCAGUGUUCAGAGUUACUUCCCCGUCGAUGGCCUUAACUAUAGCGCGUUCGAAGUCGACGAACACGGUAGACACCCAUCAAGUAUUUAAAACCCAAAAAAUAUCAUAUCUAGAUUAA